GAACAGAAGAUCACACUGGGUUGUUUUUUGGUUUUUGUUUUUGUAAGAGAGAGAGUUUAACAAAAAUGGCGCAUGCCCAACCUGAGGAGAAGCCUAAAGAAGAGCCCCACGACAGGUUUCAGAUGAAAGAUCAUCAAGCCAUUUCAAUGGCUUCUGCAAAGCCAACGACUAGUCAUAAUAACCCCAUUCCCAUGGCUGCCGCUGCAAAACAGGCGAUCAGUUGUGGUAGUGGGAGUGGUACCAGUGGGAGUAGCAACGGCAACGGGAACGGAAACGGUGUGACGUUCAAGUUCAACGCGCAUGCGCCCGAGUUCGUGCCGAAAUCGCAUACCCAAAUGCCGAUCUCCGGUUAUUAUUACCCUUGUUUCCAUUACCUCGGUGGUGUUGCAGCUGCAGCCUCCGAUUGGUUCUUUCUUUGUGAACAAGAAACUUCUAAUUAUUUGAACUCUAACCCUAAUCUCUCAGUCCCCAAUUGUUCUUCCAAGAACGUUCUAACUGACGAUCUACGUCAAAAGAUCAUCAAACAGGUGGAAUACCAGUUCAGCGACAUGAGUCUGAUCGCGAACGAGUCGUUGUCGAAGCAAAUAAGUAAAGAUCCUGAAGGCUUUGUGCCUAUAUCUUUUAUUGCUUCAACAAAGAAAAUCAAGUCCCUCAUCACCAACCACCAGUUACUGGCCCAAGCACUUCGUUCCUCUUUAAAGCUCGUUGUGAGUGAUGAUGGCAAGAAGGUUCGUCGAAAACACCCGUUCACCGAGAAAGAACGAAAGCAAGUGCAGUCUCGCACUGUUGUCGUAGAGAAUUUGCCUGAAGAUCACUCUCAUCAGAACCUUGACAAAAUCUUUAAUGUUGUCGGGAGUGUGAAGAACAUCCGAAUAUGUCAUCCCCAAGAAUCCAAUUCUUCCCGAUCGAAGAACGAGUAUUUCAUGUCGAACAAAUUACACGCACUUGUGGAAUACGAGUUGACAAGGAUUGCCGAGAAGGCGGUUGAGAAGCUAAACGAUGAAAGGAAUUGGAGAAAGGGUCUCCGAGUAAGGAUGCUGCUUAGUCUCUCGCCUAAUUCCAUUCUGAAAACGAGAAAAUCAGAAUUCGAUGGCAUAUUAGACGAUGACGAUUCACCGCAUGCUGAAUACUCUGACGGUUCUUCUCCACCAAACAAUGCUGAAUUAUUCGAGCCCAAUGCUGAAGAUAGUGCAAUGGGAUCAAAAAAGGGAUGGUCUAAGUCGCUCGGGAAACUUCGGGGUUGCGCCCAAAGCCUCACCGGACGCGGCCUGCUUCCCGGAUCUCCUCAACCCAGCAAUGCAGUCCAAUGUGAAGCAUCGGUGAAACAUAUGUUGAAGGGCCCGAGAAUGCCGGACGGAACCCGGGGUUUCACCAUGGGACGAGGCAACCCGUUGUGUUCACCAUUGGAGUGAUGAUGGAAUAACUCUCUGCCUAUCUUAUAUUAACCAACUACUACUGAAAAUAGCUCUGCGUUUUCCUGGAAGCAGCAAGAAAAUGAUCAAAUAGUUAUGCAUAGUUCAGUACUGCUUCAUAACUAUUUGAUGGCGAUUUCCUUCUGGCACACCAUUUUUUUCUGGAUUUUUGUUGAGUAUUGCUAUGGAUUCAUCAGCUUUUUCUGCUCUGAAUCUUGUGAUGUAUCCGAAUAAUCCGAUCGAAUCGUUACAUCUGUU